AUGGAGCUUGAAUUAGGUCUGAAGAUCACUCGAACAAAAGACGAUGUCUCUUCCUCUACAGAUUUCCGAGUCUCCGGAGAUUCUUCUGGUCAGCUCUCGCUUUCUCGAGAAACAGAUUCUGUCUUCUUCCUCAUCCUUCAUCUCAAAGGGUUUAAGAAGGAAGGUAUUGAUAUUGAGAUAAACAAAGAAGGGAAUCUGAUAAAGAUAAGGGGAAGAAAGAAAUUGGAAGAAAUGGUUUUGGUAAAGUGGGUGGAGUGGAAGAAGGGAACAGAAGUUAAGGAGUUCAAGAAAGUGUUUCGGAUUCCAGAGAUGGUCAAGCUUGACAAGAUCAAAGCGAGGUUUAAUGAAGAAGAUGGGACUUUAACGGUUACAUUGCCAAAAAAAGUUAAGGGGAUCUUAGGGUUGAAGAUUGAGGAAGAAGAAGAGAUAACAGAGGAAAAAACAGAGCCGGAAGCAGAGAAAACAGAGGAAAUAACAGAGCCUGAAGAAGAAAUCAAAGAGGAGACAAAACCUGAGGAAAAAGAAGCAGAAGAAGAAGAGCCAAAGAGCGAAGAGGAAGCAGAAGAGCCAAAGAUGGAAGAGGAAGAAGAAAAGAUCGAAGAAGAGAUCAUGGAGGAAGAAAUUGAAGAAAGGAUCGAAGAAGAUAGUAAACCAAGAAGGAAGAAAAGAAAAAAGUGUUGUUUCCCAUUUGUUGCAGGAUCCACUCUGCUCAUGUCAAUUAUUGUUUUCAUUAUUCAACUGAUUCAAUCCAAAAGAAAAUGA